GUCAUAAGACCAACUGUUGCCCACCCGACCGAAAAGGUAUCAACAAUCAACAUAAGUUAUUUCAUUAGAAAAAGUAUGAUCAGAAUUUUUCUGGGAAGCUCAUUGUACCGUAUUAGUAUUACAUAUUUGUGGGUCGGACUCGAAUCUUCAAGAAAUCGGCACCAAGUCGCUCCGACAGUCCGACUCCCAGUCCUCUAUGCAGAACGGUCAAUUAACACAGGUCAACACUUACGAACGUAUAACAGUCCUUUGCUCUGCGAGUGAUGGCCCGCAGACUCGGUUCCCGCCUUUCCCUUCUCCCAUCUCUUUGCAAAGUCUCAAAAUCCCAUUUUCAACCUUCAUCUUCUCCAAGAUUAAAGACUAUCUAUGAUUCAGCUGGAAGCGGUUCAAAAUAUCGCAUUAAUUUUGGGUUUUGCCCAAAUUUUCAAGGAUCACGAUCAUAUGCUCGUGGACGCAAACAUUAUGCUCUUUUUGGCAAUGAAAAGCCAGGUGAUGAGGAAUUCCGAAAAGCUUGGAAGAAAGAGAUGGAAGAAGAUACUAGCCUAUGGACAGGAAGUGAAGAUGAAAACAAUGAUGAAAAAGAUCCCAAAAGUCGUCUUGAAGAGGAAAUUCGGAGAGUGAGACAACAGGCAAAAGAACACUCUGACCUAAUUGAUGCUGAUGACAGUGAUGAAUUAAGAAGUGUGUGGUCUGGGAGUGAUGAGGAGAAAACGCUUUGGACUGGUAGUGAAGGCGAUGAUGAUAAUGAUAUUCCCACAGAAGCCCACCCAAAUGAAAGUAGUGACAAGUAUAUAGAUAAAUUGUUUGAGUUUGAAGAAAUGCCUAAAUAUCGAACACUUUCUGAAGUAUUGAAAGCUGAAGAUGGACUGGAAGAGUUGUCUCCAGGAAAGCAAGCUAGGAAAAUUGCAGUUGAGAAUGCCUUGAAAAAAUUGAAGAAAGGGCCAGAUGGGCGUUACACCAAUGUUUGGGAGGUCAUGAGUGAUUUAGACAUUCUCAUUGGAGCGUUUGAAAAUAUUGUUUCGGGACCAGAGUAUGCGGAGCUUAGACAGGGAGGGCCGAAGAAAUUGAAUAUGCAGUUUUUCAAGGACAUUCAAGCACGAAUGAGAGAUCCAAAUUAUAAGUUCUCACCUGAGUUAAAGCUGAAGCCGAAGAAUAAAUUAGUUUCAAGAAAGAAGUGGCAGAAGGCACAAUCUAGACGGAGGAAAGCACAGAAGCGUUAAGCUGUAAUUGUUUCCUUUCGGCAAGUUGAUGUUCAUCAUCGCUGUAGGUGGAUAGCUGUCGGGGUACCCCUGCCCAUUGGUCAUCAUCAUCGAAGAUGGAUAGUCGUACACGUAAGUCUUAAACCCUGUAGAAAUAUCCUGAUACCCACGGCCAAAUUCAUGACCUCCUAAGCCAACAAAGCCAGCACCAUUGUGAUGAAAACCUGCAAGGCUGCUUACUGGUGACAUGCUGUUUUCCACUUCAUCGUGAUUGCCAAUUGUGACUCCAUCCUCACCCAGGCCUACAUUUUGCAUUGCUGCUAUCAAAUUUUGAUCGAAUUCACCAUCUAUCAUUGCCUCAGUUUCCCUCCUCUGAUUAAAAUUCCAGUCAGAUGCCGACUCAACAUCUUCUCUGCCUAAGAAGUUGGGGAGGAGGUGAUGAUCUUUGUAGGGAUUUAGACCAUUAGUCAGAUAUUGAGUUUGGUUCUGGUUAUUGUCAUCAUCGGUUAAUUUGGCUUGUAUCUUUUGGGAACUUGGAAACCAAAGCACUGCAUGUUUACCAGAUCUGACCAGCUUAUUGAUCAAUGCAGCAGGAUCCGCACUACCUGUUACGGUGA